GCUCUCGGAGACGCACUCUCCAGCGGUUGCCUGCAGCAGUCAGUCAGUCAGUCAGUCAGUCCUGUGCUUGUAGUUUGCUUUAUUGCAUGUAGCCUACAUGAGCAGUCCGUCACUCAGAAGCGAGUGCUUGUGGAUUACAGUGCAGAGCCACACGCUGCUUCUAAACUAAACCAAACAUACGCUAGCAGCAUUGAGAGACUCCAAAACUCAGUGUUGUCGUGAGCACUCGUGGGGGUAGGCGGGAAUGGCUUCGUCUCCGUGCGGCGGUGGGAACUUCGAUUGCGGGCUGGAAAUCCAAACUCGCUCGGUGGAGCAAACACUCAUCCCGCUCGUGUCUCAGAUUACCACAUUGAUCAAUCACAAAGACAAGCUCAAGAAGACGGAGAAGACUUUACGGGCCAUCCAGAAAGUGGGGCAGGCGGUGAGUGUUGCAGUUGGACGCUUUGUGGCGGUGGGUGAAGCCAUUGCAGUGGAGAAUGAAGACCUGAAGGACGAGAUGGGACUGGCUUGCUUUGACGCUCGGAGAGCAGGCACUGCAAUAGCUCAACUGACAGAUGUGUCUGGUCUGGAGCAGUGUGAGGGUGACGGGCGCAGCACGGUGUUUAGUGACAGGACUGGCAUGGUGAAAGCUGCUCGCAUGCUGCUCUCCUCCGUUACCAAAGUCCUGGUGCUUGCAGACUGCAUCGUUAUCAAACAGAUCAUAAGCUCUCGCAACAAAGUGCUGGUUACCCUGGAGCAGCUGGAGCGAGUCAGCACUUUUCAGGAAUUUGUCCAAAUCUUCAGCCAAUUUGGGAACGAGAUGGUAGAGUUUGCCCAUCUCACGGGAGACAGACAGAAUGAUCUGAAGGAUGAAAAGAAAAGAGCUCGGAUGGCCGCUGCACGUGCUGUGCUGGAGAAAUGCACCAUGAUGCUCCUCACAGCCUCUAAGACUUGCCUGAGACAUCCAGACUGCGAGUCGGCACGGAUCAACAAAGAAGCAGUCUUCCAGCGUAUGCGUCUGGCCCUGGAGCAAGUCAUUGAGAUUGUGACUGACACGAGGAGCGGUGGGGAGGCCAAAGCACUUCCUGUCAGCAUCUACGCUGGGAUUAAAGACUUUAAGGUUAAAGUGGAGGGUCUGAGAGACUCUAUGUACGGUGUGUCCUGUGAGGCAGUUGCGGCUCAGCUGGAGGCUCUGGUAGAGAAAACCGAAGACUUUACAGACUCUGCCUACACCAGCCACGAGCAGAGAGAGACAAUCAUACAGCUCUGCCAGAUCACACGUCAGGAGACCAAACAGCUCAUCAACACAUGGAGACAUGCGCAGCAAUUGCUUAAAGCCAAAGAGGCCACAGAUGAGAUGGAGCUCUCUAUUUUGAAGACUUGUCAGAGUGUCAGUGAUCUCAGACGAGAGCUUCAUAAUGUAGCAGUGGGGAGGGCCACUGAACUACUGAAGCUGCAUUCGGAUCAUCUGGUGCUGCAGGCCCUGAAGGCCUCGGGUGGGGAUGGAAACCUGGAGGCUGUGGCUGACUAUGCCGGCACACUCACCGAACACAAAGAGCAGCUGGUGGAGACUUGUCGUUUGCUCUGCCACAUUUCGGGGACUGAGCCAUUGGAGAUCACCUGCAUUCACGCCGAGGAAACUUUCCGUGUCAUUGGUCCGCAGAUCAUCUCAGCGGCACAGACCCUUGCUUUGCACCCCACAAGCAAGAUAGCCAAAGAAAACUUGGAUGUGUUUUGUGAAGCCUGGGAGUCCCAGCUGUGCGACAUGGCCAUCCUACUGAAGGAGAUCAAUGAUGUGUUUGAGGGCCGCAGAGGUGAUAAGAAAACAUAUCUGUCUCUUCCGAGACCAGGGAAACACUCUGCUAAUCUGAAGACAGUCAAGGCUGCCAAACUUGAUGCUGAGGAGCAAACCACUAUUGCUAAGCUGGGGCUGGAACUGUGUCUCCUCACCUCAGAUGUGGACUCCGAGGUGGAGCGCUGGGACGAGCAGGACCAUGAGAUUGUUCGACUGUGUCAGAUCAUAUCCAGCAUGGCGUAUUCCAUGUACCUCUUCACCAGGGGGGAAGGCUUGCUAAAGACAACUUUGGAUCUAUUCCACCAAGCUGAGGUGUUGUCAGACCAAGGUCUCCAGUUGUGCCCAAUUCUCCACUCUCUCUCCACACAGCUGCUGGAUGAAGACCGAAUGCUUAUUAUAUCUGAGACAGAGAAGCUGUCAACCGCAUGUCAACAGCUUCAGGUCUGUGCCAAGACUCCGGUUCAGGGGAAGAGCGCCAUCUUUCAGAAGGUCGACUCAUCCAUACAGAAUACCAAAGGCAUCUUGACCGUAGUGGUUUACUUACUGCCGAUCUGUAAUAAGCUCAUCAGAAAGUGUCAAUCCGAAUGCAGUUGUCUGUCUUCUCCUCAGCACUGGAGGGAGAAGCAGCUGAGCACGCCUGUCAGCGAGGAAACUCUGAACGGCAAAGGCUCCAACGGCUUUGGUGUCAAAUCCCUGGAGCAGCACAUGGCCAAUCUAACAUUCCUGGAGAGCAAAUAGAUCUGAAAACCUAAGGCGAUCCUGCCUGUCCUCCCAUAUGCAGUGCAUGGUAAUGCACUCGCUCACAACGUGCCAUUCUUUGUGAUUCUGCUCAUUCGCUUUGUGGUGUACGAUGGUGUUAGCGUUUCCAGGCUCAUUCCAGAUACCAAAAGAUAUGGAAGAAAAACCCUUCAUUGCAUGUGUUGAAGUCAUUAUGCGACUGUUUCAAGUGUAAUGGCUGGUAAAUAAGCUACGGUUUUAACCGAAACAAUAUUCAACGGCGUUUCUCGCGAUUAGCCAACAUUGAGGUGUACAUUAUAAAAAGUUUUGAUGCAAAAAAAAAAAAAACAGCACAUUGUAUUUAACAUAACUGCCUCAUGUUCAAGUUGAUGCCAAAU